CCGCGGUUAAUAUCUUGGAACCGCACAAGGGGGCUGGUGAAAAAGUUGGGGUAGAAUAUGGGGUAGGUAGGCAAGGGUGUAGGCGGUAUCGGUCUAUAUGCGUGUAUGUGCUUGGCGGCACGAACGCGAGCUUUCGAGAUUUGGAUAUAAACUAGGGUACCAUAUCCUUGGGAUCCGGGGAAUGAGACUAUUCUUCUCAGUCUCGUUCUCUGCGCCGCCCUCUGUGUAUAUUCCUCGUCUCGGCUCCUGUUUCUCUACCUCUCCCUCCUCCGCCGAGACCACCUGUGUGGGAUAAGCAAUCGCCAUGGCGGAGAUCACUAAGCUCCCGGAGAAUUCCCUGUGGUCGAAUAGAAAAUGCCUACUCAUAUGUGCUACCGUCGCGAUAGCGAACAUGCAGUACGGGCUGGACUCGGCUGCCCUUGGAUCCUUACAAGCCAUGCCCGGUUUCCUCGAAGUGUUUGGAUACAAGGACCCUUCGGCACCAGGAGGCUACGCCAUAGAGUCAACCUUCCAAAGCCUCAUCGGGUCUCUUCUUACGCUCGGUGCCUUCCUGUCGUCACUCGUCGCCGGAGCCUUCGCACAUUUCUUUGGCCGGAAGGUCGCCUUAUGGCUGGCUUGCGUUCUGAACGCAAUUGCUUGCAUCAUCCAGAUGGUUUCCACAGAUAAAGCCGCUAUUUAUGUUGGUCGCCUAAUCCUGGGCCUGGCCAAUGGCUUCCUGGUGACGUUCUCCAAUAUCUAUGCCGCGCCGGCUCACCUCCGCGCCGUCAUGGUAGCCCUAUUUUCGGAAUGGGUCAAUAUCGGAAGUAUCAUAGGGGCGGCGAUAACCAAUGCCACCAAAGACCGACUGGACAAAGCCUCCUACCUAAUUCCCCUCGGAACUCUCUUCAUCGUCCCCACCUUCUUGGCGGUGGGCCUCUUCUUCGUGCCUGAGUCGCCUCGUUAUCUCCUGUAUAAGGGGAACAUCGAACAGGCACGAGAAUCUUUCACGACGCUGAGGGGGGACUCACUAUCGCCCGAGUACCUUGAAUUGGAAUGGGCUGAGAUGGUCAAGGGCAUCCAAGAGGAAAAAGAAUCCGCCAAGACAAUCGGACCCCUAGACAUGUUCAAAGGAACCGAGCUGAGACGUACGCUGCUAUGCUUUGGUGUCAUCGCGACGCAGACGGGAGCAGGCUCGUGGUUUGUCAUCACCUACUCGACUUAUUUCAUGAUCGUGGCUGGACUGGAAGUCAACGACGCCUUCAAGUACUCGGUCAUGAACACGUGUCUAGGGUUCAUCGGUGUCAACCUUGGAAUGUACCUCAUGCGACACGUCAUGGGCAGGCGAACGAUCCUGAUGACGGGCGCCGUGGUUCAAGGGUGCGCUAUGCUUGGAAUGGCUGUUUCUGCCACCGUUGCCUACGGAACCCUCGAAGCUCGAAACUGCCUCAUCGCGUUCUCAGGUCUAUACAUGUUUGCCUACAACGCUUUCGUCGGAGACGCCACCUAUCCCACGGCGACCGAACUGGUGAGCACGAGGCUAAGGUCUUGGUCUGUGGGAUCAGCCAUCAGUCUGGGAUACUUCCUUGCCUGGCUAACGGGCUUCUGCUCUCCGUAUUUUAUCAACCCGGAGCAUCUUAACUGGGGUGCUAAAUACGGUUACAUAUGGGCUGGGUCGAACUUGUGCUGUCUAGUAUUCUUUUACCUCUGUGUUCCCGAGACAAAGGGAAGAACCCUAGAGGAAAUCGAUGAACUCUUUAACAACCGUGUUUCGGUCCGCAAUUUCAAGUCCUUCAAGACGACAAUCAUGGCCGAAGCAUUGAAGGAUGUUAAAGCUAGUGCUGCUGAAAACCAGACUCACGCGGAGCACGUCGAUAGGGCAUAUUAA